UGGUAACAGCCCCUUCCGCGUUCAUACAGGUAAACAUUGCUCAAGUCCAACAGAAAAUGGGGAUUCACUGAUGUCGCGUUGUUCGGCCGUGACAGAAUCACUUCGGCAAAUGUUAGGCGCGGAGUGGCGUCGGAAGCGUGUACCGUCCUUCGCCGAGAGAAUCCAUGGCCUGCGCGCGAGCGUGUCCAGAGCACAUUCGUAGCCGCAAAAUGUAAAGAGGUUACCUAACCUUGCAUUUGCAACGAGUAAACGCAUCCGCGGCGGGACAGGCGAUAGAAAGCUCGCGGAGCACGAGACGCGGUCGUAGAUCGUGAAAAGGCCGCGUCUGUCAGCUGGGUCUCAAGUCAACGGGUCGCGAGGCGCGUCGCACGAUGAACGACGUCGAGACCGCGGAGAACGAUACCUUCGCAUCGUACUGCGCGCUGCUGGUCGCCUUCAAGACCAUGAAGGAACGCUGCCAGCAGUUGCAGACGCGGCUGGCAGUGGUGGAGGAGGAGAACAUGUGUCUCAGGCUCGAGUGCGGCAGGGACGUGUCCGCGGCUGUUGUCAAGGUGGACAAGAGCGACAAGUCUGCGCAGCAGACCCUGCAGGAAAAAGUGGAGGAACUCACAAGGCAAAAGUCUCAGCUGUCCCAUCACGUUUUCAUGGUGGCGGCGGAAAAUCGUCAGUUAUGGAACAGGCUAACGAGACUGACGAAAACUAACAAAUCUUUAGGUAGCCAAUUGACAAAAAUUUCAGACACGCUUAAGCAGCACCCCGCCACGCAGCCGUCUGACAUUAUUUCGUACAACUUUCGCGAAAUAUCUGCCCCGGAUAAACAGGGCGCUAACAAGACGUACUUGCUGGCUACGGACGGUGAACGAGAGCACAGCUUGGAAGAGAUAUCUCUCCGGUUAAUAAAUAGUAUCAUGCUGGAGAAGUCUGAUCUCGAACAGCAAUGCGCCGAGAUGAUGGAGUUGCAUAAUGGUUCCGAAUUAAAUUUACAAAAUGUUGGUUUCACGUAUCCAGAGGAUUCCGACACAGAUUCGCUGGAGCAGCUGAAGCAGCACGAAAUUCGGUUGUCUCAGACUAAGGAUGUCUUGCUUGGGCAGCAAACCAGGUUAAAAAGGGCCCUGCAGAAUCUGAAAAAAAUAAGAAAAGGAGCGAUGUGUAAUAAUUGUCGAAAGAACGCGAGUAAAAAGAUGUGCCAAACGGGCACGCAGUUUGAUUCCGACGAUAGUUUCAAAGAACACGGGGCUACUCAGACUAGUCUCAUGACUCCCGGUGUGUCUAUGGAAAAGUGUUCCAACUUGAACGAUAUGGACGUCGAUAUCAAUACGUGCCCGAUGUGCGGGAUUGUUUAUGAAAAGUCCAUACCGUUUGCCGAGUUCCACGAACACGUCAUAAACCAUUUUACCAAGGAGGCUACAGAGGAUUUCGAGCUUGUACAUUGAUUUUGUCAUAAAAACCAGUGAAAGUCGUUACACACGAAAUUUGCUUCAGAGAUUCCAACGUGUGUAGGAACAUUUAAGGUGAUUGGGAAUACAGAAUAUUGAAAUAGAUCAAAUAACAUCCGGUAUAAAUCAGAAGCGAGACAAUAUUACGUGUUGCAAAAGUAUUUAUUUUUAUACCAAUAAACGCAAUCGUGAGAUGAAA